GGAGUUGGUCGAACAAUGGGAUGAUCUGCUGAUCUUGCCCAGCCUCGUGCCUGGCUCCUCGCCGAAGCUGCAGCGCCUUGUCCUCCCGAUAUUCCUAUUAAGGAGGGCCAAGUUUAGACUUUACGUCGCAGACCCCACAAGCAGGUUCUUUGUUAUUCAAUGACUGCUUCUUACGGACCUGCUUGGAAAUUUGCAACGUGUCCAGGCUAAUAAAUAACGACAAAGAGCGCGUACAAGGUUCUUUCACAUCCCCCUUGUUUAACACACUUAAAGGCGAGUAAUCCAGCUGCUCCUUCUUUCUUUCACCCAGGAUUUACCUUGCAAGAUCGAUGAAAGGACGUGAACUUACUUCAUCGACCGUAUCUGAUGGCGUCUACACCUUCAGCCUACCCGUCCCUACGAGUCUGCCUCCCGACCUGUACGAGAAGUCUCAUGCUCAGAGACAGCAGGAGGGACACAUCUCUCGUCCGCUCGACCCAUUUUUCCUUUUUCGGGCGGACGUUCUCCGUCAGCAAACAAGCCCUGUCAAUGGCAAUAUCCCCGGCAAGCUGUGGAGCCUAAUGACGGCUAAGCAGAAAGCCCCUUGGGUCGAAAUGGCCAAAUCCGUCCCCGUCUACCAGAAACGUCAAGAAGGCCGACACCCCCAUUAUGGGGGUGCAAGUGGCGAGAAACAAACGACUAGGCGAUUCGAAGAGCCCCCCAAGAAAGCAGAAGUUGGGUAUAGCAACCAGCCGACUCCCGAGUUCUCACUCACAAACGGAUCAUUUUUUUCUCGUUCGUCCUCGUGCCCUCCUGGCGAGGAACACACCUCGCAGUCGACCUUGGACAGCAGCGUCGGCUAUGGUGCGCCCAUCACGACACGCGAUGAUCUUUCGCGUCGUCCUGGCACCCACGUUACGCUUUAUCAGUCUGGAGAUUAUAUGCAAGAGGUGGAACCCCCAAAGCCGGGCGCACCUCCCACACUCUUUCAGGGUCCCUCUUUAUUCACCACCAAUUACUACGACAUUCAGCCACCUCAUAUUCCGGGGCUUGGUCAACUAGCCUACGAGCCUCAACCCUGGGAUAACUGGACUGAUGCAAACGACUCGCGGAUGGAGGGUCUCCCCCAAUACAUGGGCCCAUUCUCAACCUCGGCACUUCCUCCACUGCCGCAGUAUGGGUCGUCGCCUACUAAUAUUCGCGUUAGAGAUGCCACGCAACACUCGACGUACAACUAUCCAAUGUUAGAUGGUCGUAACCAUUUUUCCUCUGCCCAGCGCCGCAGGUAG